CCAGUCCGCGAAUACUGUGACAAGAUAUCCAAGCAGACUGUCAGAAUGGUGCAGCCCCAGAGAGUAUAAAAGGCCACCGCUGCCUCGCCUAAGACCACCUUCUCAACUCCCUAAGAACCUCCCAUUCACAACGACAACAGUUAUCACACUCGCCACGAGACCACAUCACAACAACCUAGCAACCAUGUCUUCGACACCCACCACUCGCCACACCCUCGUCUUCGACACCCCCGAGCAGUCACUCACCCUCAAGUCGGAGCCCAUCCAGACCCCCACCGCCCACGGCAGCGCCCUCGUCCGCAUCCUCUCCGCCACCACUCGCCCUCACAACAAGGCCAGCUUCGCCGGGAAGCCCGUCCUACCCGUCACGGCCCCCUACGUCCCCGGGAACUCUGCCAUCGCACGCAUCAUCGACGUGGGCCCCGACGCCGUGUCCCUGGAGAAGGGACAGCUCGUCUAUGUCAGCGGCUUCAUCACCGCGCGAGACGACCACGACAACACCCGGAUCCUUCUCGGCUUCUCAGACCUGGGCGCCCCCAAGUCCAAGAAGCUCUUCAAGGCGUGGCCCGGCCUCUGGGCUGAUGUCGCCACCGUGCCCCAGGAGAACUGCGUGCCCCUGAACGAGUCCCUCCUCUGCGACACAAUGGGCUACACCGUGGGCCAGCUCGAGUACAUUGACCGUCUCGCUGUCGCCAACGGGGGUGUCUCGUCCGCCGCUCUCCGCGCCGGUGAGACCGUCAUUGUAUGCCCUGCCACGGGGCACUUCUCAGGCGCCGUCGUCGAGCUCGCCGCCCAGAUCGGCUGCAAUGUCGUCGCGCUCACCCGGUCCGCCGCCAAACUCGAGCCUCUCACCGCACGCCACCCCAGGAUCACACCCGUCGAACUAAGUGGCGACGUCGACGCGGAUGCGAAAGCCAUCCGCGCCGCGUGUCCACAGGGCAUGGCCGACGCACUGAUCGACGUCUCGCCGCACGAGGCCGCGGCCAAUCCGUCGCAUCUCCACGCUGGCCUGCAAGUGCUUCGUGGCCACAGCCGCGUCGUCUUCCUCGGUGCGAUGGACAAUGUCAGCAUCCCCUACACGAGCAUCAUGGCGCGCAACGUCACCAUCAAGGGUCAGUUCAUGUUCACGCGCGAGAUGACGGCCGCGCUGGUCAAGAUGAUCGAGUCUGGCAUCGUGAAGCUCGGCAAGGAGGCCGGUCACAAUGUACGGGCGUACAAGAUGGAGGAUUGGCAGCAGGCCAUCGCGGAGGCGGAGACGGCGACCCAAUGGGGCGAGCAAAUUGUGCUCGAGCCUUGAGGGUGCGGAGAUGGCCGCGGAUAUGGGCCUAGAUGGCUGGGCCCUUUGGGCUUGGACAUGUUGACAACGCGGGUGGCCUAGCUUUUGGGUCGCACGACCACGUGUGACAACAGUGAAUGUUGAAUCAAGAUUUCUGACUGGACAGUAUGCGAAGGAACCUGCCACGCCCGCAUGCCUUUGACCACCGCGACCUUGUUUGUUAUUGUUCCACGCUAGAAUUGUUUACCUGGGUAUCGUAUGUAGCCUUGUCUAUAGAUGGUAGACCUUCGUCAGGUGUAUAAUAGCAGCUUCCAGAGCU